CUUGAGACUGACUUGAUAAAAUGUAAUGAGAUCAUCAAACUAUUUUCUCUGGAUGAAUAGGUUGGUGGAUGACUUCUGUAAUUGUGCGUGAUUCAUCCCUCCUUCAAAAGAGAAACUUGUUCUGCUCUGGUACUCUUAGUGUAGCACUUUUGCUUUGCUUCUCACUAGCUAGAUUGCAUAUUUUUGGGGGAGAGGAGAUGCUAUCGGGAAAUUAAUUUUUUUCUGAGAGUCAGAUAAUAAAAUUGGUAGUGGUGUCUUCUUAAGCUUCUACAUUAAGUGUUUUUUAACACUUCUGUUGUUUACUUUGUCUAGGGCUGGGAAAUGUUGCAGCUAUCUUAUUUGUGUAUUAAAUCAAUGUUUGUCAAAAUAAGUCCAGUUGUAGCACUGCUCAGUGGCAACGAAAACUGCUAAAGAAAUGCAGUCUUCGGAAGAAAAAAGUGCUGUGCAAUAAUUUGAUUAGAGCACGGGAAGGAAGGAGACUUGUAGAAGGAAGACUCUUGCCAUGAACAACAGGAUAUUAGUAAUAGCUGUGAAUUCUUGUAGAAGAUUGAUAGCUCUGCCAACAUUUGCCCACAUCCACAAGAUGGGUGGAUUAAUUUCAAGAUGGAGGCAGGCAAAGCCUUCCACUGUAGAAGUAUUAGAAAAAAUUGAUAAGGAAAUACAGACAUUAGAAGAGUUUAGAGAAAAAAACCAGAGGCUACAGAAACUAUGGGUUGGAAGGCUGCUUCUCUACUCUUCAGUUCUUUACCUUAUCACCUGCUUAAUUGUGUAUUUUUGGUGUCUUCCUGAUGAAUGGACAGCAAGGUUGAUUAUGACACUUCCAUUUUUUGCAUUUCCAUUGAUAAUCUGGUUUAUAAGAACACUGCUCAUUUUUUUCUUUUCCAAAAGGACAGAAAGGAAUAAUGAUGCGCUGGAAGAUUUAAAAUCUCAAAAGAAAAAAAUACUUGAAGAAGUAAUGGAGAAGGAAACAUACAAGACUGCUAAAUUAAUCCUUGAAAGGUUUGAUCCAGGAUCAAGUGCAAAGGAGGCUGAACCGCCAUCUGCUGGAACAUCUGCAACCCCAAGACCUGGACAAGAAAUUCGUCAGAGAACCGCAGCUCAAAGAAAUGCUUCUGUGCCCCAGCCUGUGACUCCUAAACAAGGCUCUCCAAAGUCACUGGUUCCAGCCUCUCCUAAUCUGCAGAGAGACACACCAGCUAUGAGUGGACCCCCAGAAAGAACUGUUGUGCCAUCCUUGCAGUCAAAUGUUUUACCAAGACGCCCUGGAUCCCCUGCUACUUCAGUGCCUGGAAUGGGUCUUCAUCCUCCAGGUCCUCCUUUAGCAAGACCUAUUCUUCCUCGAGAAAGAGGAGUUGUGGACAGAGUUAUUGAAUACUUGGUUGGCGAUGGUCCUCAGAACAGGUAUGCCCUUAUAUGCCAGCAAUGUUUUUCUCACAAUGGUAUGGCUUUGAAGGAGGAGUUUGAAUACAUAGCAUUUAGGUGUGCCUACUGCUUUUUCUUGAAUCCUGCAAGAAAGACUAGACCUCAGGCCCCACGACUUCCAGACUUCAGUUUUGAAAAAAAACAAUCUACAGAACUGCGAUCUGAAACUGAGCCUCUAGAACCUCAAGAGAGAAAGCCCUGUGAGACUCAACAGAUAGAAGAAUCUGAAGAAGACAUGGCCCAGAUUGAGACAAAUGAAGCAGAUGAUAAAGCACCAAGUCCUGAGCAGCUAAAUGAUAAGAUAGCUGAAGAAGUUGAAAAAGAAGCAGAAAACAUUUCAACAUCUGAAGAGUCUAUCUCGGAGUCUAUUUCAGCUGAACAAAGUGAAGAAUCUUUAGGGAAAGCAGAAUAAAGUACUCAAGUGCCUUCUGUAGCUAGUUUUUAGCUUUGUUCAUGCCUGUUGUUACUAUUCAGGUGAGCUUUUUUUAAUGGUACAACUUAAAAAUCUCGCUUGAGCUUAAACUGCCUCAACUGCCACAGUAUGUCAAAGCUAUGUGUAAAAGUGAGUAUUGUAAAUUAAGCAUGUGUCUUUAAGUUAACACACAGAAUGUAUAGUGGGUUGAAGUCUAACAGUUGUAGCCAUUGUUCAGUUUGCAUAUUAAAAAAAUGUAGAUGUAUAAGCUUUUCUAAGGGUGACCUAUAAUUUGACAUCUCUUUAGCUGUCACACAUAAAGAACAAUUACUGGCAGCAACUGCCCUAGUAAGUUUGGUCUAGUGAACUUAAGAUACUUUUUAAUGCUUCCCUGUUAAAAUGAAUUGAGUACAUUUUAAAUACACAGAUGUUUACAAGCUGAAGUGUCAUCUGACAUUUGACUUAAGCAUAUGGAAGUGUCAUUACAGUGGUGUUAAUGUUAUUCAUUGUCUAAGUUUUGACAGAAUUCAGUUUAAAUGGCACUCAGAUAAAUGGCAUCUGCUUUGGUAUUUACAUUGCAGAUGAACCAGAGGCACGUACAUACAAAACUGUUUUGUGUUUACAUAAAAUAUAGAAAGGCUCUGCACUUGAUUGUACUUGAAUACAAAGCACUAUUUAUACCUGUACAAUAAUGACAAGAUAUAAGUGAAUUUUGUGCCUUUGUGUAUUUUGUUAAAGGAAAAUAAAGAUCUCUAGCAGCAA